CAUUCCAAUGGCAAAACCAAUACUAUUCUCUCUAUCUUUUCUUCUUCUAUCUGUUUUCUUCUAUACAACGUUAGCAGCACGACAACCAUCAUCAGAAUCUUUGUCCACGAAUUUCCUUAACUGCCUCCAACAAAACACCACAGAUCCAUCCAUUCCCAGCAUAGUUUUCCCACAAUCAAACCCUUCAUUUUCCACUGUCCUUCAAAACUACAUUCGUAACUCACGUUUCAACACAUCCUCAACUGCCAAACCAUUAAUCAUUGUUACUCCUAAACAACCUUCACAUAUUCAAUCCACCGUUAUCUGCGCCAAAAAAGCCAACAUUCAAGUCAAAAUCAGAAGCGGUGGACAUGAUUACGAGGGUGUUUCUUAUAUCUCAAGUCAAUCACCCUUUAUCAUCAUUGACAUGUUCAAUCUAAGAACAAUUAACGUUGAUGUCAAAAACGAAACUGCUUAUGUUCAAACAGGUGCUACACUUGGUGAACUUUAUUACGGAAUUUAUAACGCAAGUAAGGUUCAUGGCUUUCCUGCUGGUGUGUGCCCAACCGUUGGUGUUGGUGGUCACGUCAGUGGUGCAGGGUAUGGUGCAAUGUUGAGGAAAUAUGGUUUAACUGUUGAUAAUGUCAUUGAUGCAGAAAUUGUUGAUGCUAAGGGUAUGCUUUUGAAUAGAAAAUCAAUGGGAGAAGAUCUGUUUUGGGCUAUAAGAGGUGGCGGUGGUGCUAGUUUCGGUGUUAUUUUAUCUUAUACUGUUAAAUUAGUAGCGGUUCCUGAAACUGUUACUGUUUUCCGUAUCGAGAAAACUUUGGAUCAAAAUGCUACUGAUAUGGUUGUUCAAUGGCAACAAGUUGCUCCAACUACUGAUAAUAGGACUUUCAUGAGGCUUCUUUUGCAGCCUAUAAGUUCUCCGACUGAGAAAGGAGCAACAACGAUUAGAGCUUCUGUGGUUGCUUUGUUUCUUGGAGGUGCCGACGAAGUGGUGGGAAUUCUAGGUAAAGAAUUUCCAGCUCUAGGAUUGAAAAAAGCAGAUUGUCUUGAAAUGAGUUGGAUUAAUUCUGUUGUGUGGUACAACGACGAGAAGAAAUUCAAAAGCGGUGCAAAGCCGGAGAUUCUUUUGGAUAGGAAUCUUAACGCGGCGAGUUCCGGGAAGAGAAAGUCUGACUAUGUUCAGAAAGCUAUUCCCAAAGAGGGAUUGGAAUUGAUAUGGAAAAAGAUGAUUGAGUUAGGAAAAGUUGGAUUUGUUUUCAACCCUUAUGGUGGAAAAAUGGAUGAGAUUCCGGCCGACGCAACGCCUUUUCCUCACCGUGCUGGGAAUUUGUUCAAACUUCAAUAUUCAAUAACUUGGAAGGAUCCAGCACCUAAUGUUACAUUGGAGAAUUUGAAUCAAGCUAAGAGUCUUUAUAGUUUUAUGGAACCUUAUGUGUCAAAGAAUCCUAGAAGUGCUUUUGUGAGUUAUAGAGACCUUGAUAUUGGGAUUAAUAAUUUUGGUAAGGAUAGUUAUGAAGAAGGUAAAGUUUAUGGUACUAUGUAUUUUAAUAAGAAUUUUGAUAGGUUGGUUAAGGUUAAGACUGCUGUUGAUCCUGAUAAUUUUUUCAGGAAUGAGCAGAGUAUUCCUGUUCUAUCAGCAAAAGUUUAGAUUUUAGAUUCAAUUAGUUGUAAAGCCUAUUGGGUUCUUACAAAUUUUUGUAUAAUGAUUUCUAUGUACAAAACAAAGGCCAACAAUGCCUAUUUAUAUUAUUACUAAAUCAAGUCCAUGAAUCCCUC